UUAUUCAAUAUUUAAACCCAAGAUGGCACAAGCAAGAAUUACCAGAACCCUGGAUAUGAGUUAUCAGGAAGAGAUCAAUAAUGAUAUUAAGGAUCUCGAGCAUAAGUGGAACGAUCUUUCUUUUAAAGAGAAGCAACAAGAGUUUUAUAAGUUGAGUAAAGGACUAGCUUACCUCAAAACCUCCAGUUCUGCGACAAAUAAAACAUAUCUUACCAAAGAUGCUUCUCUCUGAAGGCAGAAUAGUGAAGAACAUCAAUAUCUGAACGAAUACCAGAACUCAUUCAUCUCUUUUAAGGCUGAGUUGGGAUGGGAAUCUCUCAAGAAUGAACUUGAUUUCAUGAACAAGAAAUACUUCCUGUGCCUUCCCACACUAAGUAGAAAUGACAAAAAUUUCAUUGGAAGAAAAAUAACUGAAAAUAAUGGAGUCAUAAAGACCUCAUUUGCUGAUUCUGAUUACAUCAUCGUGAAUGAGGGCGUUUUCAACGGUGAAGAUAAGCACAGGAAACAAGAACAGAUUGAAAUCUUUACUCACAUGAACAACGCACACACUCAAGAGGAAAGAAUCAACAGACAACAGGACAUCACGAAGAGUAUUAGCUUCAUCCACGAGAGUAAUUACAAGUCAAGAAUAGCUAAGUUGGUGACCCAUGCUCCAAAGAAGCAUUUGGAGAGCAUCAAAGCAUCUUCUGAGAGUGCCCCAAAGAACUCCAAAUGUCCUAAUGUAUUUAACUUUUUAUCGAAUGAAAGAUGGAAAAUCUUGACCCUGAACGAUCUGUAUGAUAUUAUCAACAGACAAGAGUCUAGCAAGGGCAACCUUGACUGGUUCAGAAAAAGACUCAAGCCAAUGAUUAAGGAAUAUGGAGAAUUCGACUAUAAGUCUCUAUUCUGAGCUGCUUCCUUCUACAGAUUGACUGAUGUAGUCAAUAGAGAAAUGGACCAUAUCGUCCACUACGACCAGCUCGAUGAGGCUUGGGUCAACAAGAAACUCAAUUCAAAGGAAGCGGAGUACUUGAGACAGAGCAGUCCUUUAAUAGAUACUUUCAGCUCUCUUCGAGUGUCAAUUCCAGUGAUCAAUUUGAAUGCUCCACAAGGUACCGCAAUUUUUCAGACAUUUGAAGAAUAUCAACAUUCAACGAAAUCAAAUGUCAGGACAACCUUACAAGAGAAAUACAGGAAGUCAAUUAAGCAACUGACGAACAAGAUAGGAGGUAUGGGAAAGAACUGCUCAGAAGACCAUCCUGAACAAAAACCUUCCUCCAAACAUAGCUUCUGCUUCCUCUGAAAAGUUGGGUUCCAGAACUACUUCGAGCAUGUUGAAAGUGAGAGCCAUAAGAAUUCCAUCUACAUUCAUCAGAGGUCAUACGACCAAUUGGAUGAAAUGUUUGAUGAACUAUAUUUAGAUCUCCAGGAGAAGUAUCCAUCAUUCAGGUGAUACGGUAGCAAAGAUGCUACUGUAGCUAACCUAUCAAUCAUCAAAAAGAAAACGGAUGAACUACAAGUUAUUGACCAGCAAUCGACUACCUCCCAUCAGGCUAGGGGAGAUGACCCUACUCAGAAGAUCGAGGAGUUCUCUUUAGACCAGGAAGGGGAAUCGAAUGACCAACAAAUCAACGUGAUAGUAGAAGAGAACAGCAAUGACUUUACUAACAGACAAGCCAAUGAAGAGCUAUCUCCUACUGGGAGGAAUAACUGAAAUCGAGAAUAUUCUAAGUUCACUCCGAGUAAAGAUGUCUUGAACAGUAAGCAGAUCGUCUCAGAUCUCAAGUCUGACUGAGAUUUCGAGGAUGAAUCCAAACACGUUCGAGCAGAAAUCAUCGGUAAAACUCAUGAAAUGAAUGCACUGAUGAGCAAGUGCAGUGAAGAAGAGAAAUCCGAAAAGGAAGAAAAGCAAGAGAUAAAUCACAGAGCAACAAAGCUCACUUCAAAGAUUAGCUUUGGGCCUUCGAGAAUGGGGUCUUAUGAAGACAUUGAGAUGGAGAAUAUGCCUUUUAAGAAUUCUCUAGCUCAAAAUGCAUUUGAUACCAAAAAAUCCAGUUUGGAAGAGAAAUGCGAUUCUAAGAAAGAUUCUCUUAAAGAAAGCCCUCAUUUCACAGAAUCAAAAUCAGACAAAGAAAAGGAAAACAAGCCUGAAAAUCUUCAUCUUUAUGAAAGAGAGAUUUUUAAGAAUAGAGUAAAUAAAAAUGAACGCGAUGCUAGAAAUUCGGAAAAAGUUGCUCAAUCUUCAUCCAUUAGCAACCUAUCGCACACAGAGAAGAAUAGGGGAAGUGUUGAGCCUAGAAUCCACAAGCCUACCUAUUCAGAGAAGGAUGGGAAGGUUCUUCCUGCUACUGCUCCAAGGCAUCAAUACAAUACCUCUAAACCCAAUGGUUUAUCGUCCCAGUCUCAGAGGUCACAUAUUUCUUCAAGAAGCCACAGAGGUGCAAAAAUAGUGCACCCUACUUCGAAGAGGAUGGCCUUUGGCUACAACAAUCCUCAUCUGCACCAAAGGUUAUCCAAGAUAAGGAGCAAGAAAAAGAGAGACCUGAAAGAAUAUUCUAAAAGAGCCGAUCCAAUCCUUAGUGACCCGAACGAGAUUAAGAAGUGUAUCAGUAAGGGAUUCAAGAAAAUAAAGCAGGCUAAGCCAGUAGAAAUGCCUAGACAAGAAUACCCUAAAUCACAACAUAUUAGCUGUUCCUCUAAGAGACAGAAGCUGCUGCUUAAUAGAUAA